GAAAGCACUGCACUUGAGAGUCUUUGUAAGUUCGUUAGAGCAGUUGUAGAAAUAUUUUAAGCGGAAUACCUGAGACACCCCACUGAUGCGGACGUAGCAAGCUUGCUAGCGGUGAAUGAGAAAAGAGGUUUCCCAGGCAUGUUAGGGUCUAUAGAUUGUAUGCACUGGGAAUGGAAGAAUUGUCCUAUGUCAUCACAGGGGCAGUACAAGGGGCAUGAGAACAGACCAACUAUAAUUUUAGAAGCUGUUGCAUCGUAUGACCUUUGGUGCUGGCAUGCUUUUUUCGGGAUGCCUGGAUCUCAUAAUGAUAUCAACGUUCUUCACCGGUCUCCUCUGUUCGACAACCUGGCUGAAGGGAGAGCUCCUGAGGUGAACUAUUCCAUUAAUGGCCAUGAUUAUAAGAUGGGGUACUUGCUCGCAGAUGGUAUUUACCCCCAUUGGGCGACUUUAGUGAAGACCAUCUCAUCACCUAUGUGGAACAAGCAGAAAUAUUUUGCAACAGCACAAGAAGCAGCGAGGAAGGAUGUUGAAAGGUUUUUUGGGGUCUUGCAGGCAAGGUUUCCCAUCAUUAGACAGCCAGGUCGCAUCUGGGACAGGGAGACACUAGCGUUGAUCAUGAGGGCUUGUGUUAUCAUGCACAAUAUGAUUGUUGAAGACGAAAGAGUUCUGGACCCAGACGAGCGGUUCCCGGAUGUUGGUGAGAAUGUGCAACCUUCUCAUGGCACGCCCACUCGCACGCUAGCUGAAUUUAUUGAAGCCCAUAAACAAAUAAGAGACAAACCAACACACUUUCAGUUGAAAGAAGAUCUCAUUGAGCACCUAUGGAACCGUCAUCCUGAUUUAUACCCCAUGGAACCAGCAUCUUGA